CUCUGACGAGAUUUUACACGAUUCGCCGAAAGUUGGACCGUCAUCGGUUGGGACCGGGUCAGAGUUAGACUCUGUAGAGACCCGAAUCGGAGAGGAAGUGAAGGCCCAUGAAUAAGCCCAUACAAUUACAAUUCCAAGGAAAAGAAGUAUACAAAGACACGUUUUGGAGCUGCGUAAACUGUCCCCAUAAUCCUUUGCCAUCAACAACUUCGAUUCCGGGGACUACAAGCCUCUGUCUUCUCUCUCGUUUAGGGUUUUAUUCCAAAAUUCCGUGCUUCGAUCCCGAAGAUCAGAAAAAAUGGGUGAUGAGAUUGUGCCUCCGGCGAAUCAGUUAGCCGCCGAUAACUUGGAAAACGAUGGAUCUACGGUGCAGAAAGCGCAAUUUUCAGACAGGGUUCUGAUUCGAUCGAUUUUGGGCGGCGGAGCUAAACUCGCCGGUCAAAAGGUUAGAAUCGGUGGUUGGGUUAAAACCGGAAGACAGCAAGGGAAAGGGACUUUUGCUUUCCUUGAGGUUAACGAUGGGUCUUGUCCAGCGAAUCUCCAGGUUAUGGUUGAUUCAUCUCUUUAUGAUCUCUCUAGGUUGGUUGCGACUGGAACUUGUGUUACUGUUGAUGGAGUUUUGAAGAUUCCUCCGGAAGGUAAAGGUUUGAAGCAGAGUAUUGAGCUUAGCGUUGAGACGGUGAUUGCGGUGGGAACUGUUGAUCCGACUACGUAUCCGCUUCCUAAGACUAAGUUGACUCCUGAGUUUCUCAGAGAUGUGCUUCAUCUUCGUUCUAGGACUAACUUGAUCUCAGCAGUUGCAAGAAUCCGUAACGCGCUUGCUUUUGCGACGCAUAGUUUUUUUCAAGAACAUAGUUUCCUUUACAUUCACACUCCUAUCAUCACAACAAGUGAUUGUGAAGGUGCUGGUGAAAUGUUCCAAGUGACAACCUUGAUCAAUCACACUGAGAGGGUUGAGCAGGAUCUCAUUGAUAACCCUCCACCAACUGAGGCUGACGUUGAAGCGGCCAGGCUUAUUGUCAAGGAGAGAGGUGAAGCUGUUGCGCAACUUAAAGUUGCCAAGGCGAGCAAGGAAGAGAUCACUGCUUCCGUUGCUCAACUAAGUGUAGCAAAGGCGAGUUUAGCUCAUGUUGAAGAGAGGUUAAGGCUUAAGCCUGGACUACCUAAGAAUGAUGGUAAAAUUGAUUAUUCCAAUGAUUUCUUUGGCCGUCAAGCUUUCUUGACAGUUUCUGGUCAGUUACAAGUGGAGACCUAUGCUUGCGCUCUUAGCAGCGUGUAUACAUUUGGUCCCACUUUUCGGGCAGAGAACUCUCACACUUCAAGGCAUUUAGCUGAGUUCUGGAUGGUUGAGCCUGAAAUUGCUUUUGCAGAUAUACAUGACGACAUGAACUGUGCAGAGGCGUAUGUGAAAUACAUGUGCAAAUGGUUGAUGGAUAAAUGUGGCGAUGACAUGGAACUUAUGGAUAAGAACGUCGACGAGGGAUGCACUAAAAGGCUAAACAUGGUUGCCAAAGCCUCGUUUAAGCGUGUAACAUACACUGAAGCAAUAGAGCGACUUGAGAAAGCUGUAGCUCAAGGAAAGGUUGUUUUUGAUAACAAAGUGGAGUGGGGAAUCGACUUGGCCUCAGAGCAUGAAAGAUACUUGACAGAGGUUGAGUUUGAUCAAAAGCCAAUAAUUGUGUAUAACUACCCGAAAGGAAUCAAAGCUUUUUACAUGAGACUUAACGAUGAUGAGAAGACAGUUGCUGCCAUGGAUGUCCUUGUUCCAAAGGUUGGAGAACUCAUUGGUGGAAGCCAAAGGGAAGAACGAUAUGAUGUUAUCAAACAGAGGAUCGAGGAGAUGGGUCUACCAAUGGAGCCAUAUGAGUGGUACCUAGACUUGCGUCGUUAUGGAACAGUGAAGCAUUGUGGAUUUGGACUUGGCUUCGAACGUAUGAUUCAGUUCGCUACAGGAAUUGAUAACAUCAGAGAUGUUAUUCCUUUCCCUCGCUAUCCUGGAAAAGCUGAUCUCUGAUUCCUCUCUAGACACACAAUUCUGGUCUGGUCUCGACAUGGUUUUAGUUUCCUUUUAAAUUGGUUAAAUGAAAAUUGUAUUGAUUUUUAUCUAUACUCUGUUUCUCAAGCUGUGAGAGCUAAUAUGAAGGGAAACAAAGUUAUAUGAAGGGAAACAAAGUUAUACUUUUGGGUUAGCUUCACUAAACCAAAGAGUCGUAACAUUUGUCAUUUAAUAGAGGAUGAACUAA